GAAAGAAAAGAUGGGCAGUUACUGGCGAGUAGCAGUGCAACUGCAAUGGCAGGGAGAGGAGCAAAAGAAAAAGGCGCCAAAAGAAACAGACUUCGAUGUUAGAACCAAAUGGGACCACCCCCUACCCCUACCCCUUCCAAUUCCAAUUCCAAUUCCAAUUCCAUUCCAAAAUGUGACAAAAAACCACAGAAAUCCAAAGGUUUCAGCAGACCCAUCACGAAAGCGAAACCUCACAUUGCAGUCUGUGCCAAACCCAAACACCCCACCUCUCAAUUAUAAUGCAUCCCAUUACCCCAAAUUCCAAUUUGCUUUUCCAUGUUCUCCCUCUCUCAAAUCUGCUUGAGGGAAUAAAGACGACACCCUCUUUCUUUUUCUGCAGGAAUCUUUCUCCCUCUUUUGCUUUUUUUUUUUCUCUCUUUCCCAGUCAGAGUAUGGCGCUUUGUCUUUAAGACCAUCUGUUGAUGAUGAUGAUGAUAAAGCACAAUCGUGAUUGUCAUCCUCCUAAUUAAGCUGAAACUACAUCUGGGGUAUCUGCAUUUGGUUAUUGAAGCUCGGGUCGACUGAAAAUACUUGUCUAAAGAUCAUCGUUGUCAUUUGGAGUGGAGUUGAUGCAAUAGAUGCUACUCCAGUUUACUGGUUUCUGAAAUCUAGUUCACUUUCAUCCUGCAACUGGUUCUCUUCAUAUAAGGACCAAUGGCUCGAGUAUUUUGUAAUUCUGUGUUUCUAGUUAUUUUCAUCUUUUUGGUUAGAGCCGAUCUUUCGCAGCAAUUGGAGUCGUCACAGACUCAGGCCCUUUUAAGAAUACAGCAACUUCUGAACUUCCCAGCUGUAUUAAGUAACUGGAAUAACAGCACAGAUUUCUGCAACCUGGAACCAGAUUCUUCCGUGACCGUUGUAUGCUAUGAGGGGAACAUGACCCAGUUGCAUAUAAUUGGAAAGAAAGGAGCUCUUCUGUUACCUCGUAACUUUUCGAUGAGUUCUCUCGUUACUACCCUUGUUAAGAUUCCAGAUUUGAAAGUGCUUACGUUAGUUUCUCUUGGUUUAUGGGGGUCGAUACCUGGUAAAAUUGCUCGUUUAUCAUCAAUGGAAAUACUAAACAUGAGCUCUAAUUUCCUAUAUGGUGCCAUGCCUCAGGAGAUUUCGUUGCUAUCGGGCCUACGAACACUUAUACUAGAUGAUAAUAUGCUCGCCGGUCAGCUUCCUGACUGGCUCAGCAUGCUUCCGCUUUUAACCGUUUUGAGCUUGAAACACAACAUUCUCAAUGGAUCUUUGCCCAAUUCACUGAGUGAACUGGAAAAUCUUAGAGUUCUUUCACUUUCACAUAACCAUUUUGAUGGAGAGUUGCCUGACUUAAGUACUUUGACCAAUCUUCAAGUACUUGAAUUGGAGGAAAAUGCUUUUGGACCUCAAUUCCCUCAACUUAGCAAUAAGUUGGUUACCCUCAGACUGAGUAAAAACAAGUUCAGAUCUGGUAUCCCUGCUGAAGUUAGUUCGUUUUACCAGCUCCAACAUCUCGACGUCUCGUUGAAUUCUUUGGUUGGGCCAUUGCCACCCGUAUUAUUUUCUCUACCAUCUCUUUCCUAUCUCAAUAUAUCAGGGAACAAACUCACAGGAAUGCUUUUUGAUAAUAUUUCUUGCAAUGAUGAACUCGAAGUUGUGGAUUUAUCCUCGAAUCUUUUGACUGGAAGCUUGCCGAAGUGUCUCCUAGCAGAUACUAGGAAUCAGGUCGUCUUGUAUCCCAGAAACUGUUUUGUCACUGGAGAUCAACAGCAAAAUCCAGUUUCCUUUUGCCGAAAUGAAGCGUUGGCUGUUGGCAUAGUACCUCAGGGAAAGAAACGAGACCAAUCUCAUAAGGUAGUUCUCGCCCUGAGUAUUGUUGGUGGAGUUGUUGGGGCUAUCGCGUUACUUGGUAUAGUUUACUUAGUAGUAAGAAGAAAAGAUGAGAAGAAUACGGCAAACAAACCUCCAACAAAUGUAGUAGUAGAGAAUCCAUCUGCAGGGUACACCUCAAAGCUGCUGUCUGAUGCAAGGUAUAUAUCUCAAACAAUGAAGUUUGCACCGCAUGGCCUUUCAACUUAUAGAGUGUUCUCAUACGAAGAGAUUGAGGAUGCUACUAACAACUUCGACUCUUCCGCUUUCAUGGGUGAAGGUUCUCAAGGACAGAUAUACCGCGGUCAGAUGAAGGAUGGUUCUUUUGUUGCCAUUAGAUGCCUUAAAAUGAAAAGAAGAUAUAGCACACAAAACUUCGCGCAUCAUAUAGACCUUAUUUCAAAACUCAGACACCGCCAUUUGGUCAGCGCUCUUGGACACUGCUUUGAGUUGUAUUUGGAAGAUUCAAGUGUCAGUAGAAUAUUUCUCAUCUUUGAAUACGUGCCUAGUGGCAUUCUGAGAAGCUGGAUAUCUGAGAGGCAUUCGAGACAGUCGCUUACUUGGACGCAACGUAUAGCAGCAGCAGUAGGGAUAGCAAAAGGCAUUCAAUUUUUGCACACGGUUGCUGGUGUAUAUUCAAAUAACAUUAAAAUAACAGAUGUGUUACUGGAUCAAAACCUUGUUGCAAAAAUUAGCAGUUACAACCUUCCUCUAAUGGCUGAGAGCAUGGCCAAGGUCAGUCGGGGAAUUUCUUCCAGUGGAUCCAAAGAUCCCAGUGACGACGAAAGGACCAAUCAAGAAGCUCUAGCUGACAUCUAUGACUUUGGAGUAAUAUUAUUAGAAAUCAUUCGUGGGCGAGCCUUGAAAUCGAGAAACGAGAUUAAUGCUCUAAGAGAGAAGUUACAAGAAGGCAUUUCAUCUGAUAGCGUCGUGCGAAGGAGCAUUGUCGAUCCUGGCGUUCAAAACGAAUGCUUGGAUCAAUCAUUAAAAACUAUGAUGGAAGUUUGUGUCAGGUGUCUGCUCAAGGACCCUGUAACCAGACCUUCCAUUGAAGAUGUUCUCUGGAAUCUGCAGUUCGCCGCUCAGGUUCAGGACGCGUGGAGUGGGGGAGAAUUCCGUAGCAGCAGCGAGGGGUCUCCCGUCUCCCCUUCUCAGCCUAAACUCUCAAUCUGUUAAUGGUCUCAAAGAGGGGCAAAAUGGGAUGCAAUUCUGCUGAAACAGAAGACAGCUCUAGAGCUGCUAGCAUAGCAGUUGGUAGUUACAAAUCGAAUUUAGUGCCUGUUUGAUAACAAUUUUGUUUUUAAUUUUCUGUUUUUAAGAACCGUGCUUAUUUAUUUGUAAUUUCAU